AUGGCCGAACCUCUUUCUUUGGCAGCCAGUAUCGCCGGUUUAAUCUCACUGGCCGAUGUUAUCUUCAGAACCACAUACAAAUUCGUCAGAGCUGCCAAAGAUGCGAAAGAUGAGAUUCAGAGCCUUGUUGACGAGAUCAGCAAUCUGUCCAGUGUGUUGCGACGCCUUGAGGCUCUGACAUCAGAUUUGGAAGAUGAAGGGCAAUCCUUCGACCCGACAUUGAGGAACCACUACCUUAAUCACUGCUACAAGACAUUCAACAAAAUUGAAUCAAGAGUCAAGAAGGCCUCCGAAAGCUUCAAGAAAUCCAAGUUCGAAGGCAUCGUUCGACAGCUUAAAUGGCCCUUCUCAUCGUCAGAGACAAAAGAGCUUCUGGCCGAGCUGUCUCGACAUAAGGAAACCAUCAGUGUUGCCCUUCUUGCUGACUCGAUGAGGAAGAUACAACUAUCACUUUCCAAAUCUGAUGAAAUAGACAAGAAGCUCAAGGCUCUAGGAGAGGUAGCGAGAAGAAUUGAGAUCAACACCAUGAUAGACAUCAACAAACGGAAAAAGCGCAUUCUGAAUCAUUUCAUGAAAGCAAAUCCGCAGUACGCCCUGCAAACAAGUAUCAGACUUCGCCACUCCAUGACUGGGCUUUGGUUGACUGAAUCUCCAACCUUUAUUCGCUGGCUCGAAACACCAGGCUCCAAGCUUUGGCUGACCGGCAUACCAGGAGCAGGAAAAACCAUCCUCGCUGGCUCUGUGAUUCAAGAGGCUCUCUCUCUCAGUUACGCUUCUCGCAGGACAGGGGUGGCAUUCUUCUUUUGUGACUACAAGGACUCAAAAACAUGGAACAUAGUAAAUAUUCUUGGCGCACUGGUUUCUCAACUUGCUCGUCAAAACGACGAAUCAUAUAGCCUCCUGGACGCUUAUUACGAAAGUCUCUACCCACAAGACGGACUCCCACAGACUGCGGAUGCGGACGAACUACGAGCUCAGAUCAGUCAAAUGUGUGAGACAUUUGACCAGACCAUCAUAGUAGUUGAUGGCAUUGAUGAGUGUGAUGAUAUGACCGACGAAGUGGUCGACAACUUGAUCCAAUUAGCUGACAACGCUGAGCGAGUGUCAAUGGCUAUUUUCAGUCGGGAUCACGUCAACAUUCGUGUGCGUUUAGAAGAAGACUUUGAGCCUAUCCAAAUAGCAGCCCAUACCGAGGAUGUUGAACUCUAUGUGAAUGCCGAAGUUGACAAGAGGAUUCGCACACGACAGCUGCAGCUGGCCAGCCCGGAUAUGAAAGAGGAGAUCCGGAGCGCUUUGGUGGGCAAGGCUGAUGGGAUGUUCAGAUGGGUAGUUUGCCAGCUUGACUACCUGUGCAACUGUGCUCACGACCAGGAGCGCCGCGAAGCUUUGAGCAAGCUCCCGCCCGACUUACCUGAGAGUUAUCGUCGCCUUCUCGAGAAGGUAAACAAAUUCUCUCUUGGAGUACAAAACAUGGUUCAGAUGUGUCUUCACUUCAUGGCUAUAGCAGAGCCGAAGUUGACGAUAGUUGAGCUGCGGCAGGCGGUCUCAACCACAGCAAUAGGGGAAAAGAUAGACGAAGGCAAUAUUGUACCGGAGUAUGAAAUUUUGAAGAGGUGCAGCAGCCUCAUCCGAAAAUCUACUGAUGGAAGAUACUUCGAAUUUGCCCACUUCUCUGUCCGCGAAUUCCUGGAAGAUGAGAACGCCACAUCUCAAGGGACCGACCUUGGAAAAUACCGGAUUACCCAGCACACGACGCACCCGCUUCUUGCUACGCAAUGUCUUCGGUUUCUUCAAAUGAAGAAUUUUGACAAGUUUCCCAACAACCCGCACGAACAAGUCGCUGCCACUGUUCAAAGAAACGAGACAUACCCGUUUUACAAACAUGCCGCUCUCCUAUGGAUCAAGCUCACGAAAGAUGGCCUCAGUGACGCAGGCAUUCUGGAUUUAGCAAAGUCCCUGUUCCAGCCUUCCAAGCCAGCAUUCUUCAUGUGCUGGGCUAUUGAGGUUCUCAAAAAAGUUACAUAUGCUACUGGCACUCGGUCAGCACUGAGCGAAAUACAGGCCUGGAGAACAGUGAGCAAUCCUUCUUUUCAGCCAUUACACAUGGCUGCUGCUUUGAAUAUCCCUGAGAUAUGCGACUUCUUGAUCUGUAGCGGUUCAGAUGUGAACCAGAAACUCGAUGCCGCAACACCUCUCGACCUUGCAUUUAUGUCCAUCUUGGCAGUCCCUGGACUGGCAGAAAUGAGCGGGACGAACGAAAAACAUCGCUCUCUUAUUACCAAUGGAAGAAAGCAGUUCUUGCCCUCGGCUCAGCGUAGAGAUGUGACGAUUGACUGCCUAAUACAUGCCGGAGCGCGCUCUUCAGCUCAUCGGAUCCCUCCCAAUACGCUCUCUGUUUUCUCUAUCACCUGCUUGUUUGCAUCGAUAUUCAACGACUUAUACCCUGUAUUUCGGUGCUUAUGCGCUCGCACCACACCAUCUGUGUCUGACGUCAAGGUUCUUGAAGAAUGGCUCGUGGCUACUAGUACGUCAAAUUAUGUGGCAGAAGUGUCGACUCGCAUGCUUUUGAAAUUCCUUAGUUCAACUGGAGCCUACAAUAGCGACUGGGGUGCUGAGCUGGGCUUGAUUGUGUGGAGUUGGGCUCAAGAAUGUGACUUCUCCCUCACAAGAGAUUUAACUCUGGUUGGUUCUUGCGACCUGAUGUCGGACGACGCUUUGGUUUCCCAACUGGUCUCAGCUAUUUGCAGCGAUAAUACCGAGUUGCUCAAGUACUGUUUCAAGGAUAGGCGAAUGAAGAAUCAAGUUCGAUACUCGGGACUUGUUAAUGGGCUUUUACACCUGGCAAUCAAGUACAACGCCCUUGACAACUUUAAAGCCUUGGUUAGUGCAGGGUUCGAUCCCUAUACCCAAAACGAGGAAGGCAAGUUCCCAAUCCAUUUGUGCGAGCGUCAUGGCAGGCUACGGCUUUGCAAGGUCUUGAAGGAUCUUAGAAUAUCUCUUAUGAGCCAGGACACUGAGGGUUACAACAUCUUGCAUUACUGGGCUAAGGAUCGCCCCUUGGACUAUCAGUUUAUCAAUGCUAUCUUUGAGUUGGAUACAGAAGAGGCGAUCAAGGGUCUUCAGUCAAGGUCAUGUCAUGGCGAUACGCCGUUAACUGUGGUGUUCGAAAGCGCUGGAGAGAGUCCAAAGAGCGAACAUCGCGAUCUUGACUUGAAUAAGCUAUGCCUUCAGAUUCUGGACUUUUUGCAGAGAUACCGCAGGGCAAAAGACACGACCACGAGCCUAGGGCCUGAAAAAAGCGUCUACCCUCAGAAGGGAGCCUUUGCCGAGUUCGACAGUAUGAUAGGAACCGAACCAACACCAUUACACAAACUGAAAGCUUGGGUCUCUUUUGACCAAGUAAACUUUCUGAUUAAGCUUUAUCCAGACGCGGUUACUUCACGGAUUGAUGGUAGACUACCGCUUGAGAGGUACAUCACUAAUACGCUCGAAAAUCGCGUGUUUCCAAACAGUGAUAUCAUCAAGGCACUCUUCCCCGAAACCCUGGAUGACACUGAAUCAAGUGAAACCCAGAGCUUGUGGAGCUUUUUGUGUUGCCUACCUGACAAUGAGGGGACCAGCACAGAACAAUACAUCAGUUCAAAGGAAUUCGAAACCAUGAUAACGAGCGUGUUCGAACUUGGAGCGAUGCGCAGCCAUGAGAAACAGUUCGAAGAAAGUGGACUGAAGCUACUACUGUCCAACCCCAAGUCAUCGUUGAUGCCAACGAUUCGCGAUGCUAUUGUGCAAACCAAUUACUGGGAUGACCUAAAAAGCUCUGACGAAAUAUCCCUGUUAUUUCAGGAUGUCCUCAAGAGUGCCAAUCUCGAUAUGAUACGGCUACUUAAUGAGAAUGGAGCCAACAUCCAUCGCCGUGUGGAUGACCAAACGCCCUUUGAAGUUGCAUUCCGUGCCGGCGUGGCGACUGGUCUUUGCACCACCGACGAGGGAUCCGCGGCUCUCAGGGAGUUACUGGGACAUUGCAGCGUGGAUGAGGCAGUGAAGAAACCCCUAGAAAUAGAUCGGGCAUCACCUCUUCAUACACUUGCUACGUCAGAAGAGGCAAAAGACAUCCUUUGGUUGGCGGAGGCACUUGUGCAACAUGGGUUCGACAUAGACUAUGUUGGCUCAGGCUCGUAUGCUUCUACUCCUCUUGUGUAUCACCUCCAACAGUCCUCUUUACAAUUUGCAGAGCGACUGCUAGAAUUAGGCGCCGACCCAUAUGUGAGCGGUCCUUCGUUCUUUAAUGGGGUGCUCACUUGUAUAGCCACCGAUAAGUUGGCAUUCCUGCAGAAGAUUGCAGAUCACACAGACCAGGCAGGGACUUCGUUUCGAUGGUCUGAUCCUGUGACUUUUGGAGUCCAAAUCCUUGGUCAGACGGUUAUGAUCAGUAAUGGAACCACUAUCCAUUUGGCCUCGGCCUGCAAUAGUGUUGCUUGCCUUGAGUACAUGCUGGACCAAGUCUCAGCACCGGACAAGACUUCGAUAUCAGAUGAAGGGCUUUCUCCGGUCCAUAUUGCUGCCUAUGGAGGAUUCGUGGAUGUCGUGAAGCUUCUUCUGACAAGAGGGUUCAACGCAAUGAUAGAGAGUCAAUUCGGCUUCAGUCCAUUGCACAUGGCCGUAUUCGGCGGUCAUCUACCCGUUGUCCAAUGCUUGAUUGAGUAUGGCGCAUUUCAAACCUUGGAUACCAACGGAAUGAGCCCAGGGAGGCUUGCCUUCGAGCUUGAGCUCCAAGAAAUCCAUGAGGUUCUGGAAGGUGAUCCCCAAGGUGGCUACAAACAAAUCUCAUCUAUCCAAAAACUUACGGAGUUUGUGGAACCAACAGAGCGUUUGGCAUUGGCGUUCGAAAGAGCCUUAGAUGAACAUGACUAUGAAAGCAUGAUACAGUUGAUUGACAAAGGGUGCUCUGCCGAUGUUCCCCUCCCAUCAAGACCUGGAUUGUCCGCGCUUCUGGUAGUUUUGGACGAUGGCAACUUUGCCAUGGGCGAAUGGCUGUUAGGAGCAGGAGCCAGUGCACUACAAGCGGAUUGUAACGAUGGAUCUGGGAAAAGCGUCAUUGAAUUGACUGCUAACCUGCCAAGCCUCAAUCGUUUGCUGCCCGAAUCUUUCUUGAAAUACUUAAGGCAAGGCGGUGAUUUGAGAUUCGGGUGUGAGUUUCCAUUCUAUGAAGCAAUAGACGGAGAGAAUAUGGCAGGUCUUGAGAUAUUGCUUAAAGAAGCAGAAAAACACCUUCAAUACAUUGGAUCUCCACAAGCCUUCAAAGACGUAUUGAACCGCUUGUUUCCGAUGGAUUUCAAUUGUGAAAAUAGCUGUCAAGUAUGGACGUAUCAUGCAGAGACGACAGCGUUGCACAUCGCCGCGUGGGAUGGGAACAAGGAGGCAGUCUCGCUUCUGGUAGAUAGGGGAGCGAAUAUAGAUGCAGCCGACUCGAAUGGGUGGACACCACUAAUGCUUGCGCAAGAUGUUGGUACGGCGCAGUAUUUGCUGUCGCUUGGGGCAUCGAUAGCUGCUGUGUGCAGGCUCGGAUCACUACCGUCAUUUAUCAACUGGUUCGGUGAUAAUCUGUUCGAUGAAGCGCACCCUGUCAGCUUUUCACAAUUACCAAAGGAGUUAUUCACUGUAUCAGACCCGCCACGAUUCUCGGCAAAAUGCGAGGUAUUGCAACUGACCCCUGAAACUCUGAACAAUCUACAUCAGCUCCAUCAUGAUCUGACGAGUGAGGAUGAGGCGGGUCGGAGUAUGAUACAUUACGUAUUGGGCGAAGAAGAUCUGGUCGACUGGGUAUUGGACCGCGAACAAGAUCUGAGCAGAACGACUCCUUUUCCGUGGCACCUGGAGUGGUGUGAAUUUUCUGGUCUUGCCCUACUAACGUCCUCAUUCGAGCGGCUUCGACAACGAAUGCCGGCUGAUCUGUUCUGCAAAAUCCUGAAUCUUGAACCAUCGCGCGGCUGGAGCCCUUUAUGCCAUGCGGCCGCUUUGAAUCGCGUUGAUAUUAUCGCGAAUUGCCUCGAGAUGGGUGCUGAUAUCAACUUCGAAGGUUCCUGUUUUGGAUCAGCAAUCAUGAAUGCAAGUGUCUGCGGGAGCUUAGAUGCUGUCAAGCUUCUCGCCCGCAAUGGGGCAUCUUUAACGUACUUGGGUAAGAGCGGGUUCACCAGCUGUUUUCUAGCCGCUGGAACAGAGGCGGUCAGGGAAUGGCUUCUUUGUGGUCGAUUCAUGGACCAGCAGCGUCUUACAGCUGAGAGUGAUGCGGAUUGUGUUCAGGCAGAAGUUCCAUGGGGUGGAUAUAUACAAGCCAAAGUGUUGCUUUACGGCACAAGAGCCCGAUGGCUUGAAGAGUCGACUUUGGAUUAUGCGAUGAGAUUGUCGAAGAUGAAGAAGAGCUGGCAGGGGAAGGUUGUGCGGCUGCAUGUCGAAGAAAUGGACUCGACUUCGGAUACAGACUCAGAUACUGGUUCUGAAGGAGAUGCGGAAUCGGAUCAGAAUCGGAGUUUCUUCACGCGGAUCAGGGGUGUCGGAGGGUCUGACUCCUACUCAGAGUCGAAUUCCGAGUCUGGCUCUGGGUAA